AUCUCUCUUGGUGAUCAUUUCGUUUUUUUUCUGGUGGAAAGGGAGGAGAAACAUGGUUGUGCGGAUCAGAUUAUCGAGAUUUGGAUGCAAAAAUCGGCCAUUUUUUAGGGUUAUGGCCGCUGAUAGCAGAUCUCCAAGAGACGGGAAGCAUCUUGAGGUCUUAGGUUACUUCAAUCCUUUGCCAGGCCAGGACGGUGGUAAGAGGAUGGGUCUCAAGUUCGAUCGAAUUAAGUACUGGUUAUCUGUUGGUGCUCAGCCAUCAGACCCGGUUCAACGCCUCUUAUUCAGGUCUGGUUUACUUCCUCCUCCUCCAAUGGUGGCUAUGGGACGUAAAGGUGGAGCACGAGACACUCGCCCGGUUGAUCCAAUGACUGGUCGCUAUGUGGAUGCAGAGAAUAAAACAGUUAAUGCCAAUGAUAACCAGCCUAAGGAAGAGGAUACAGAAGACAAGAGUGCAUGAUUCAUUAGCCUUUUGUCGUCAUAGCUUUUAAGCUCACUUUGUUACCGAUCAUAUCUUGUGUAAUACACUUUACUAGUUUAUCUUGGCUUGUUCCUUUGUUUGGCGAUAAACAGCAAAAUGUUUA